GGCGCGCGGGCCGGGAGGCUGCGCCCUCCCUGCGGCGGCGGCUGCCGGGCGAGCCAUGGGCACGGUGCCGUCCGCGCUGAAGCACUGCCUCAGCUACCAGCACCUCCUCAAGGAGCAGCUGUGGAUCGCGGAGCCGCCCGCGGCCGCGCACCCCGCGCAGGAACCUCAAGCAUCUGGACUGCCUGAGUACAUAAAAAUUGUAGAAGUUGGGCCAAGGGAUGGAUUACAAAAUGAAAAGGUGAUAGUCCCAACUGAUACAAAAAUUGAGUUAAUCAACCAGCUUUCCAAAACAGGCCUGCCUGCAAUAGAAGUGACCAGUUUCGUUUCAUCCAAAUGGGUGCCUCAGAUGGCAGAUCACAAAGAAGUAAUGAGGGGCAUUGAGCGGCAUCCUGGAGUCCAGUAUCCCGUUCUCACACCUAAUCUUCAAGGUUUUCAUUCUGCUAUUGCAGCAGGAGCUACAGAAGUCUCAGUAUUUGGUGCAGCAUCUGAAUCUUUUAGCAAAAUGAAUAUUAAUUGUUCAAUUGAAGAAAGCAUAGAAAGGUUUGAAGAAGUCACUAAAUCUGCGAGGAAUAUGAAUAUUCCAGUGCGUGGGUAUGUGUCCUGUGCCUUGGGAUGCCCAUAUGAAGGAAACGUUGUACCAGAUAAAGUGGCAGAAGUAUCUAAGCGGCUGUACAGUAUGGGCUGUUAUGAAAUCUCUCUGGGAGAUACAAUUGGUGUGGGGACGCCUGGAAGUAUGAAAAAAAUGCUGGAAGCUGUUAUGAAAGAAAUUCCUUUGAGUGCUCUUGCUGUUCACUGUCAUGACACAUAUGGCCAGGCCUUAGCCAAUAUCCUCACAGCCAUACAGAUGGGAGUUUCUGUAGUGGAUUCAUCUGUUGCAGGACUUGGUGGUUGUCCCUAUGCAAAAGGUGCUACUGGAAAUGUAGCCACAGAGGAUGUGAUAUACAUGCUGAAUGGUCUGGGGAUCAGCACCGGAGUAAAUCUUUGUGCCGUGAUGGAAGCUGGAAACUUCAUCUGCACAGCUUUGAACAAGAAAACAAACUCGAAGGUUGCACAAGCUUCCUUCAGUACUCGAACUACCAAUUAAACAGAGUUUUCUUUUUGCAGCUUGAUUACAUUUUCCAUUUAUCUUGACCAAGGCCAUUUGCAUCAGGAAAAGAAACAAGAAAACCAUUGUGUCAAAGAAGCAAAAUAGAACUAAUUAUGUAUUUUUUUUUUUCAUGGGAGGAGUUAUUGUACUGUACUGUCUUGUCAGGAAUUAUCUGAUUUGUAAGUAAGAAAUAAAUGACUGUAGUAAGAACCCUGUACUUGGUACUUCUACAGAUGAGAAAAAUGUACAAACACUAGGACAUUUUACCAUGAUUAAAAUUGAAUUUUUACUUCUUUUCAGGAAAACCAGGUAGAAGCAGUGAGUACAUAGUUAAAUUUUAAUCAAGAUGUCUUUCAGAACAGUACAAAUAUUUUCAGUAGUUUAUGGGAUCUCACACUGUGUGUGGCCAUUCUAUUAUGUAUUUUAUUUAUCUGAAUUCUCGCUUUUCACUUGUCAAGUCACUGUGUUAUGAACACAGAGCCAAAUCUGAAUUUACCAUAAGAAUUUUUUAGCAAUAGAACUUCUUUUAAAUUUUAUUUAACAUCUGUUAAAUUAUGCAUGAUUUUAUCUUGUUCCAAGACCUUGUGGUGAAUGGCACUCUGCCAGAUCCUUCAAAUUCUCUUGCAAAUUUCCUUAUUUGUUACAUAUGUUAAAUUUGUUGUAGUUGCCUUUUUUUGGUAAAAUUGUUAAAACCCAGUUAUAUGAAACAAAUAAAAAUUGGCAAGGUUUUCAGCAUCAUUCAGGUCCAGUGGUGUAGAAGAGGCUACAUUGUCAUCCAAGGUUUCAUCAAACAAUUAGAUUUUUCAUUCUGUAGGCUAUGAAUUGAUAUUCUCAUUCAGAAGUCACAGGUUUUUUAGGUUAAUAGUAUUUUGCUGGACUAGCUAACACAAAGGAGACCACUUAAGGUUUUUUUUGUGUUCUACUGAUAAUGAUACUGUUCUUUUAAAUGCCUUAGUUCAACAAGAUGCCAAUGAACUGCACUGUCGUUUUUAGAUCAAUAAAGAACAAAUGGACAAAUUCAAAGAGCCUUAUCUUAUUUAUAAAUGUUCAAGUGUGCCAUGAAAAUGCUGUCAUGUUUUUCAGCCUGAAACUUCAGUACUCUUACUGGUUGUUUGUGUGGGAUCUGUCUGUACCUUUCUGUGUACUUAACCUUGAUCUGUAUUUUUUCUGAACAUGGCCUGUUGACAUGAAAAUCUAAAACUCUGGACUGUGGUCUUCAUCCAUAUUCUCAAUUUUUCUCAAAAAUGUGAAAUCUUGUCAAAAGGUAA